UGGAUGGAGGCCACAGUCAACAAGGAAGGUUUCUCGGAACCUCUCAGAACCUACUCGUCUUGUUACGUCAAGACCUCCAACGUGGACAACUGGUUGAGGUUGCCCUACAUAGAACGGGCCGGAGCCAACUCACUUCACAUAGACCUCACGUUCACCAUGAGAAGGUGCUCCAGAAUCAUCGACUCCUCCAACUUGCAGCAGUGCAAGGAAACCUUCAACCUCUACUACUUCGAGGCCGGCUCCGACUUCGCCAACGCCAUGAGGCCGUCCUGGGACCCGAUCACCUACAUCAAAGUGGACAAGAUUGCUGCAGACAAACUCUUUGUG